CGCCAAUGAUGAAUAGAAAUUCUGAAUCAAUGUUAUAAGAUUGUUCUGAAAGACAAAAUGGUUGGCCAGGUAGACUGAAACAAAGGACAUAAGAUGGCUGCUGACCAGACUUGCUGGAACAGCAGCCUAGGAGCGAAUACACAAUCUCUUGCAGUUACUGUGUAGUCAUGAAUAAAGGAUCACAGGCCCAGUCUGACAAGAUUGAGGAAUACACAACCCCCCCCCCUAGCCAGAAAGACUAAGGAAUGUACUGGUCUGAGAUUAUGCGUGGUUCCUCUAACAUCCCCUUAUAUGGACAUACUUGGUUUCCUGUUUCUCCCAACGUGUUGGUCCUUUGAUCGGGGGGGAAUGUGGGAGGUGCUAAACGGUGGCAUUAACAUAUAAAGAGCCUUGCAAUUAAGGGCAGGCAGCUUGACUCUUUGCCAGGUUGUAACCUGUGUGGAGAUUCCUGCUCAAUAAAACGUACGUUUAAAGCAACCCUGGUGCCUGGUCGAUUAUUGUCGAAACAACCGAUGUGAGAGAGAAACGUGAAUCAACAUUUUGGUGUCAGAAGUGGGAUGUCAACCAGCGACUGAUCGAGCCGGCGAGUGAAUCCACUGGGCGACGGGAUCGAUGUGAAGGGUGCGCAGCCAAGUGAGUAGAUUUAGUUAAAUCUCCUCUUGGUCCUUCCUCGUAUCCCGGCGUAGCAGGGUAAUUCGCUGACUUGCGUCAGUUGGUGGGACGACAUCCGAACAUUCCGGUUGUGGGCACGGGGAUAGGGCCGUCUCGAGGAUUAUCCUAGUCUGAUCGAGCGGAUAAAACACCCCGUAGAGGGGGACCGUAGACGGUAUAUAAGAGGAGUGCACUGUGUAUAGGAAGUUAACUAGUUGAAAGAGUUAACAAGUAUUGAGUGUUAGCCGAGACCAAAGUACCCUCAUAUCUCACAGAAAGUCCACUUUAAAGUGGCCGAGUGAGAUACGACGGAACCAAGGACUCACGGUUAACCCUGAAAUUUUGUUGUGAUAUUUGUGUAAUAAAGUUAACUAGUAUUGAGACGUUAACUGAGACCAAGGUACCCCCAUAUCUCACAGAAAGUCCACUUUAAAGUGGCCGAGUGAGAUACGGAGGAACCAAGGGCUCUAGGUUAACCCUGAAAGAGUUAGCAAGUAUUGAGUGUUAACCGAGACCAAGGUACCCCCAUAUCUCACAGAAAGUCCGCUUUAAAGUGGCCGAGUGAGAUACGACGGAACCAAGGACUCACGGUUAACCCUGAAAUUUUGUUGUGAUAUUUGUGUAAUAAAGUUAACUAGUAUUGAGACGUUAACUGAGACCAAGGUACCCCCAUAUCUCACAGAAAGUCCACUUUAAAGUGGCCGAGUGAGAUACGGAGGAACCAAGGGCUCUAGGUUAACCCUGAAAGAGUUAGCAAGUAUUGAGUGUUAGCCGAGACCAAAGUACCUCCGUAUCUCACAGAAAGUCCGCCUUAGACUGGUUGUUAAGAGAGGAAAUCCUCCACGCGAAGGUCAGGAAUUGAAGUGACCGAGUGAGAUACGGUGGAACCAAGGACUCGCGGUUAACCCUGAAAUAUUGUGUGUAAUAGUAAUAAGUUUAAAAAUGGGUAAUGGUAUGGACACCAGUUGUCACCCAGACCGGCCAUUACAUCAGCUAUGUUUCUUGCAUCCAGAAAUGGAGGAGACCUUUAGGCGUAUGUCGGGAGGACUCAUUCAUAAACUGGGGAAGGAUGAAUGGCCUGAAGGGGGUUAUGAGUGUGUUAUCAAGAGCCCAAAGUGUAAUAUGGAGAACGGAUUUAAAAAAAAAAAAAAAAAAAAAUGUAAAAGGGCCAUUCAGUUGUGGAUCGAUCAUUGUAACAAAGAAAAGGCACGGUCUUUAACGGCCAGUUGGCAGAGCAAUGCCUUGAAACAGGAAUACCCCUGACCGAGGGGGGUCAGGAGAAGUCAGUGACAGUAUUAAAACAGGAAUGCAGGCUUGCUAAGGAAAGUAAGGAUCGUCAGGAGAGAGAGAGAGACAAAAUAUGGCCAAGGUAGAUAAAGACUUACGUAAGUCGGUGGCUGGCAUAGAUUUGGGAGGUGACGACGAGGAGGAGGUAGAGGAUUAUCCUUGGGGAGUCCGUGGAGCACCCCCGUUGAACCAGCCUGCCCCCGUUGCCAGUCCUGUUUGGUAACAGGUUGGCUGACGAUGCGGCUAAGUGUGCUUCACGCGGUAGAUUUAAAGUGGUGGGUAGUAUGAUGAGGCAGGUGAAAAGCCUUUAUAUGGGCUCGUCUGAAUCUGAGAAACCUAUGCCAACCAUAAAUGAUGUAUAGCUCUUACAGGGGGACGCCUCUGCUAAUGUUAUAAUGGAAUGGGAGCAGCUGGGCUGUCGGAAGGCUGACUCUGGAUUGUGGCUCACGCCGGCCGGACAGACCUGUAUGACAGACCAGUUAGCCACCUGGGUUGUUGAUUGCCUACAUUUAGCCACGCACUGUGGGGCCACCUUGCUAGUAGGCGCUCUCUUACAGGCAUGGUGGCAUCCUCAACUUAAGGUUUUGGCAGCCCAAACUAGUGCGCGGUGCCUCACCUGUGCUACACACAACCCUGGUAAAGGAGUUGUCUGCCAGACGGGUCGUACUGCAUUACCUACUGCUCCGUUUGAAACCUUACAGAUGUAUUUUAUUGAUUUGCCUAAGUGUCAGUGUUAUAAACAUGUACUUGUUAUUGUUGAUGUGUUUUCUAGAUGGAUUGAAGCCUUUCCAACCACUGAUUGCACUGCCUCUACGGUGGUGUCUAUUUUAUUACGGCAGGUUGUUCCUCGCUUUGGGGUUCCAAACACCAUCAGUUCGGAUAACGGCCCUCACUUCAUUGCCGCUAUCAAUAAAGAAUUGUACCGACAGCUGGGCGUAACCCAGCGGCUACAUUGUGCUUAUCGCCCACAGGCUGCAGGAAUGGUGGAACGCUUGAACCAGACCCUGAAGACCAAGCUUGCCAAGCUGGUGGACCAAUCAGGCUCCACCUGGGUUAAAAUGUUGCCUGUCGCUUUGUUCCAGAUCAGAGUCCUUCCAGCAGGGAAGACAAGGUUGUCUCCUGCAGAGAUCAUCUAUGGCCGACCUCUGCACACCCCUUGGACAGACAUUAUCCCGGCCACAAUGACGUUGCAUCACAUGACGGAGGAGAUGGUCUCUUAUGUCCUUGCCCUUACAAGGGCCCUGCAUGAGAUUCAUGGGGAGGUCAAGGCCGCUUAUGUGGGCGACAUAGAAUUUCCCGUUAAUGGACGGAUCACCCCGGGUUCUUAUGUGUUGAUUAAGAAUUGGGUUCGUAAGGACACCCUUUCUCCUCGAUGGUUGGGCCCCUUCCAGGUUCUCCUCACCACCCCCACCGCGGUAAAGGUAGAAGGACGAUCGGCGUGGGUGCAUCUGCACCAUUGCAAAGUGGUUGGUGACACCAAGCAAAGGUGGGAGGUCGAGGUCAGGGAGGGGGAUCCAGUCCACGGAAAGCAGGGCACGAAUUAAUUUUGCUAUGAGAUUGCACGUUCUUUUUUUCCCUCCCUUGUCUUCACAGAUACGAAAUAAAUCACUGAGAUCAGGGUCUUUGUGGCAUUAAUAUGUGUGGCGACCACUGCCAGGUUAAUCGGUUUCGGCUGGAAAUGGACAAAGACUGAACACGGACGGAACUAACAGGAGACUCCUAACUAACUCCAAUUUAUUCAUCCAGGCACACAACGAGCUAUUCGGGAAGGGGCAGGUGCUUUGUUAUCCACAAAUGAAAUCAGUUACCUCCCUGUUUACCCCAUCCCCUGCAUGGGGUUGAACUGAACGACUGGUGAAGUGCCAGGACAAAAAACCGGUCCCCGUCAAGCCCGAUUAAUGGUGGCCUUAUUGGGUUUGGGGACCACCCCCGAGGAAGCUAAAAGUUCUGUACGAAUGAUGGUCUUACAACGUGAGCAGCAGAGACUGUUACCAUUCCCCAACGACAGCGAAAACGAUGAAGUGCGUGAGGAAGGAGAAUUGGGGAUAAAGGUUGGACGGUCCAAGAAGCCUUGGCCAGGGAACUAAAAGGUUACGAGUUUUGGCGAAUGGGACUUUUAAAUGGACUAUGAGUGUUGCCAUAAGAAUGGCAAAAGGGGGGAAUGAUGAAUAGAAAUUCUGAAUCAAUGUUAUAAGAUUGUUCUGAAAGACAAAAUGGUUGGCCAGGUAGACUGAAACAAAGGACAUAAGAUGGCUGCUGACCAGACUUGCUGGAACAGCGGCCUAGGAGCGAAUACACAAUCUCUUGCAGUUACUGUGUAGUCAUGAAUAAAGGAUCACAGGCCCAGUCUGACAAGAUUGAGGAAUACACAACCCCCCCCUAGCCAGAAAGACUAAGGAAUGUACUGGUCUGAGAUUAUGCGUGGUUCCUCUAACAUCCCCUUAUAUGGACAUACUUGGUUUCCUGUUUCUCCCAACGUGUUGGUCCUUUGAUCGGGGGGGAAUGUGGGAGGUGCUAAACGGUGGCAUUAACAUAUAAAGAGCCUUGCAAUUAAGGGCAGGCAGCUUG